AUGCAUUUUCCUUUUUUCCUGGUGCCUAUCUCUCACCAUAUGUAUUUACCUUCUUUCUCUCUUAAUUCCUUUUUCUUUAUGUUUCUUUUUCACAUACAACGCACUUCUCACAUUCUUCUGAAACUUUUCAAUUUUUUCACUCUUUUCUUUCUUGUAUAUUAUCUUUUCUUGAAUUUCUUUGCUAAAGUUGCCUCUUUUUUAUACUUCAUAAAACGUUCUCUCUUUUUCCAUCUACUCACUCUUUUUUCUGUUGAUUUUCUUUCAUUCCUCAUCCUUUUUUUUUCUUUUUCAUCUUCUCUUACUCUUCCAUUCACCACCGACAAAGAAAGAAACCCUCGUCAUCAUCAAUCUGCCAAUCAUGUAUUCCUUUCUAAUUUUUCUUUCUUUUCAUACAAUAAUACAUGUUCCCUUUUUUCAUUUUUCUCAGCCCUUUCUUUCGCUUUCCCUGCUCGCUUUUAG